UGUCAGAGAAUCCCCGAUGAAGCUCUGGAUCCUGAUCUGAGACCAGCGGAGUCCAAAUGAAGAUCCUGAGGUGAAGAGCAGCACUGACACCAUGAUGACCAACAUGACACAGGCUUUCUCCAUGUCCCUCCAGCACUCAGUGUCUGAUGAUGAUGAAGAGGAGGAGGUGAGAGUUCAGGGGGUGGAGCUAAGGCUGGCGAUAUCAGAGGACGGGGAGGAAGCGGGACCUUUCAGUGACCUCACAGCUCUGGUGCUGAGGUAUCGCCAUGGAUACCGGAGAGGCUGUGUGCUGCUGUUUGUGGGCGGAGUCAUCGUGUUCGCUGCUGCGUUCCUAUUGGCCUAUGCCAUUUUCAGUGGGCGGUACCACUGCUCACAAGUGAAGCAAGGGCAGGUGCAGCAGGGGGGUGGAGCUAAAGCACCUGCAGAAGGAGGGGUGGGGCUUUACCUGGGAGAGCUGAGGGUGAUGAUGAGGAAACUGCUGCAGGAUGAAGACAUCCACAACACAGUCAGUCGAGUGAGCAGGGCGGUUCAUCCUCCGGGCUCCUCAGAGGGUACGGCUCUGGCCUCAGAGAUCCUGCAGCGCUUCAGGCAGCUGCAGAUGGACCACACGUGGACCGAGUCCCUGUACGCCACGCUGCAGUUCCCCGACAGGUCUCAGAGGAGCUCCCUGAGCCUGGUGGACGCUGCAGGUCUCGUCUCAGAGCAGAUUCCUCUGAACCCGUCUGACUUCUGCCCAUACAGCGCCACAGGAAAUGCCACGGGGGGUGUGGUCUAUGCCAACUAUGGACGACCGGAGGAUUUUAAUUGGCUGAAGCGUGAGGGGGUGUCUGCGGUUGGCUGCGUGGUGGUGAUGCGUGUUGGGGGUGGGGUCAGUUUUGCUGAGAAGGUCUGGUUGGCUGAGAAGAAUGGGGCGAGCGGAGCUUUGAUCUACCCUGACCCUGCGGACGUGCCCCAGGACCCUCGCCGUCUUGGACUGAACACACACACUGCUGUGUCUGAACAUGUCCACCUAGGGUCAGGUGACCCCUUCACCCCUGGCUUUCCCUCUUUCAAUCAUACUCAGUUCCCACAGAUUCCGUCCUCCGGUCUGCCACUCAUUCCAGCCUUGCCAAUUACUGCCACCAUUGCCGCCAAGCUGCUCAGCCAGCUGUCAGGUCUGUCCUGUCCCCAGUCCUGGCAGGGUCGGCUGCCAUACGUGCGUUGCGUAGUUGGUCCAGAGUUCAACAACGGUCGCAGAAUCCAGAUGUCAGUACACAACGUCAUGACACCUGUCCUGCUCAACAACAUCUUCUCAUCACUGGAAGGCCGGGUGGAGCCAGACCAGUAUAUCAUACUGGGAGCUCAGAGGGACUCUCUGGGACCUGGAGCUGUGAAGUCUGGAGUUGGAACAGCAAUCCUGCUGGAGCUGGCUCGAACUUUCUCAGGCAUGGUGAAGAAGGGUUUUAGUCCAAGACGCAGUUUGCUGUUUGUCAGCUGGGAUGCCGGAGACUUUGGGAAUGUUGGAGCAACCGAAUGGCUUGAGGGUUACCUAUCCAUGCUUCACCUGAAGGCUGUGGCCUACUUCAGUCUGGAUCAGGCUGUCAUGGGUGAUGAUGUCCUGUCAGCCUACACCAGUCCUCUCCUGGUUGACCUGCUGGAUGCUGCCAUCAGACAGGUGGAGCAUCCGAAACAUGCAGGUCAGACCAUCUACAGCCAGGCAGAGAGAGAGGGAGGCAGCUGGAGGAUUUUGAAGCCGCUGCAUCUGAACAGCGGCGCGUACAGCUUCACAGCGUUUGCAGGAGUUCCUGCCAUGGAGCUCAGAUUUACUGAGGAGCGAGCGUAUCCAUUCGUGAACACGCCAUUGGACAGUGUCUCCCGCCUCCAGGAAGUGCUGGGGGGUCGUUUGGGGGUCACUGGGCGGAGCCUAGGGGAGUUGGUGGGGGAGAUAGUGCUGCGAUUGGCCCACGACCACAUCCUGCCACUACGCAUCACUUCCUACGCCCAGACAGUGCUACAGUUCAGUGCUCAGCUCAACAGACGCUCUGCUGAGCUACAGGCCAGAGGUUUGUCUCCUCAGUGGGUCUUCAGCGCCCGUGGAGAUUACAGCCGAGCAGCAGAGACACUACAGAGAGCCAUCGACUACAGCGACCUGCACGAGCCCAACACAGCACGCUUCUACAACACCCGCAUCAUGAAGGUGGAGUAUUACUUCCUGUCUCAGUAUGUGUCUGCAGUUGAAGCACCAUUCCGUCAUGUGAUCCACGGACGUGGCAACCACACUCUGAGCGCCCUCACUGAGCACCUUGCCCUGCUGACCUCUGACCCCGGACGUUUCGAUGAGAGCGGCUUCAGGCGGCAGCUGGCUCUGUUCACGUGGACGCUGCAGGGAGCCGCCAAUGCCCUGAACGGAGACGUGUGGAGCAUCCACAACAUGCAUCGAUUCACCGACUGACAAACCUUUAUGAUUCUGCUUUAGAUUUUAAAGUUACUUAUAGUGAUUGAAUAGAGGCUCAGUGAUUCAGUACACUGUAUGUAUAUAUUUAUGUAUAGAUAUGAAGUUUAUAUUAUAGAAGCCACAGGAAUGGAAGUGAUCAGUUCAUUCAAUAAAUGAAAUAACUAGAAAAUAAAUCUGUUAGAGAAAAAAAAU